AUGGUGGACAAGGCAUGGGUACAUUUGUGCAGAGCUGAUCCUGCUUAUGAGAGUGGUGCUUGGAGUUUUGUUCGCUCUGUGUCUGCGGCAUUAGGAGACACGAACGUCAUAGUAUGUCCAUGCAUAGACUAUCGUAAUGUAGAUCGUCAUGAGAUCAGUGAAGUAGUCGGCCAUCUUGUAACAAGAGGAAUGGAUGAGGUUUACAAGCUACAGACAGAUUGGUAUCAUCAUGGAGAAGUUACUUCAGGGACUGUGGGUGAAGCAAAGAAGCAUCAUUGGAGUGAUGAAAUUUAUGAUUUAUACAGAGCUGUGGAAAAUGUAGAUUCAGAAAUGGUUAGUAAGGAUGACUUGGGUGAGAUUGCAGAGGUUGAGGACAAGAAAGAAGAUGAGUUCCUUGCUAAGUUUCGAGAUGCUGAAACACCACUAUAUGGAAGCUGUGAAAAUCAUAGCAAGCUAUCUGCUAUUGUUUCACUUUUUAGACUGAAGACACAAAAUGAAUGGUCUGACAAGAGUUUCAAUGAUCUACUUGAGACAUUGACUGGAAUGUUGCCUGCGGAUAAUGUCCUCCAUACAUCUUUAUACGAGGUGAAACAAUUCUUGAAGUCGUUUGAUAUGGGCUAUGAAAAAAUUCAUGCUUGUGUAAAUGAUUGUUGUCUGUUCAGAAAGAAGUACAAGAAGCUUCAAAAUUGUCCAAAAUGCAAUGCCUCACGAUGGAAGAUUAACCUGCAAACUAGUGAAAUAAAGAAAGGUGUCCCUCAGAAAGUUUUGCGGUAUUUUCCGAUCAUCCCACGGUUAAAAAGAAUGUUCAGAUCGGAGGAAAUGGCAAAGGAUCUAAGAUGGCAUUUUAAUAACAAGAGUAGUGAUGGAAAACUGUGCCACCUUAUAGAUUAUGUGACAUGGGAUCAAAUGAAUGAUAAAUAUCCAGUUUUUGCUGCUGAAGAAAGGAAUAUAAGACUUGGACCUUCCACAGAUGGAUUUAAUCCAUUCGACAUGAAGAAUAGUAGGUAUAGUUGUUGGCCUGUCCUGUUAGUAAAUUAUAAUUUGCCUCCUCACCUAUAUAUGAAGAAAGAAAACAUCAUGCUUAUUCUACUUAUUCCUGGUCCACACCAGCCUGGAAAUAGUAUUGAUAUAUACUUAGAACCCCUUAUUGAUGAUCUGUGUCAUCUUUGGACCAUUAGUGAUUUUCCUGCAUAUGGAAAUCUUGAUGGAUGUAAAGUGAAGGGUAAAAUGGGAUGCCCUGUGUGUGGGAAACACACAGAUAGUACUUGGUUGAAGUUCUGUAGGAAGCAUAGAUCUAGUAGGAAGAGAAAAAAGCCUGGUUGUGUUGGGUUAGAUUCUGAUGGUGAGGAUAUAACUAGUGAAUCAGAGGAGGAUGAGGAAGAAGUUGAAAUAGACGAGGAUGAGUUAUCAAGAUGGAAGAAACGGUCAAUAUUUUUCAGACUGCUGUAUUGGGAGGAACUACCAGUACGAAAAAAUUUGGAUGUAAUGCAUGUAGAGAGAAAUGUGGCUUCAAGUAUUGUAUCUACAUUGUUACAUUGUGGAAAAUCAAAGGAUGGUCUGAAUGCUCGUAAGGAUUUGGAAGUCCUUGGUAUUAGGAAAGAUUUGCAUCCUAGGAUCCAUGGAAAAAGAACAUACCUUCCGGCAGCACCUUGGUCUUUAUCCAAGACAGAGAAAAAAAUAUUUUGUAAGCGUCUUAUUGGAUUUAAAGGUCCUGAUGGGUAUUGUUCAAAUAUAUCAAGGGGAGUUUCACUGGAGGACUGCAAGAUUAUUGAACUCAAAUCACAUGAUUAUCAUGUGUUGAUGCAGCAACUUCUUCCAGUUGCAAUGGGAGGUCUAUUACCUAAAGGUCUCAGGAUUGCAAUUUCAUGGAUAUGCACAUUUUUCAACCAUUUAUGUCAGCGAGUUAUUGAUAGGGAACAACUGUUGGUAAUGGAAAAAGAUAUUGUGGAAACUCUCUACAUGUUUGAACGGUUUUUUCCUCCAAGCUUCUUCGACAUUAUGGUGCACUUGACAGUUCAUCUUGGAAGUGAAGCUAGACUUGGUGGACCUGUCCAUUUUAGAUGGAUGUACCCAUUUGAAAGGUACAUGAAAGUUCUAAAAAAUUUUGUAAGAAACCCAGCAAGACCAGAAGGGUGUAUAGCUGAGUCUUACCUUGCAGAAGAGUGCAUGCACUACUCCAAUUACUCUUACGGAAAUGGACAUGAAAAUAGCACAUAUGGCUGUCAUUCACAAUAUGGCUAUUGUAGAUCCGUUUGUAGAGUUUCUAUGGAUUCUAAAGUACAUGAAGAAACGCUAAAGUGGUUUGCCUAUGGUCCACGUUGUACUGCAAGAUCAUAUACUGGUUAUAUAGUGAAUGGACAACGGUUUCAUACUAGCUCAUUUGAUAGGCAAACUCAGAACAGUGGGGUUUUUUAUGAGGCAACUGCGAUGUGUAGAUCCAGUGUAAAAGAUAUUUCACAUGUCGUUGAUUGGGUUUCAUACUACGGAACAUGGGCAGUUAGAGGUAAUGGAGUGAAAGUAGAAGAUGGGUUCACGUUUGUUAACCUGAAUCAGAGUCAGGGUCCAUCAAGAAGAUACAGUGAGGAAGAUGUUGAAGAUGCAGAUCUUGGAUUAUUGCCACCAGUUGCGGAUAUUGAUAUUGACAUGGAGGAAGCUCAAAAUGCUAGGACUGAUUGUGAAGGCAUAUAUGUGUGA